AUGCUCGCCGCCGACUCGCCGGACGUCCAAAAUCAGAAGAAACCGCAGAUAACCUUACACUUCAUCAACGCAAGUCUGACUUGGGUUAUUAGGCUGUUGUUCGCUCUCUUCUUCUUUCAAUGCGUCGUCGUUUUGCUCACACGCUAUUCACCGCCGCGUUCCCCAGGCCGGACCACCAGUAUAGUCUCCAUCUCCGCCGCCGUUAACAAAACCGCUGAAGAAUGUCCGUACGGCAGAGUGUACGUGUACGACCUUCCGUCCAGAUUCAACAAAGGCUUGUUGGCGCGAGGUUGCCGGAAUUCGAAUUCCGAUCGCUGGCAGUGCGAAGUUGCAACGAAUCACGGCUUCGGCCGGCUGGCGGAGGAGCUCCGGGGAAUCAUGCCGGAGAAUCUGAUCCAAUCGUGGUACCGGACGAAUCAAUUCUCCCUGGAGGUGAUUUUCCACCACCGGAUCCUCCGCCACCGAUGCCGCACCAGGAAUCCGGCGUCCGCCGCGGCGUUUUACAUCCCGUUCUACGCCGGAAUGGCGGUGGAGCAGUACCUCUGGUCCAACGACCUCCCCAGACGCGACCGCCGCUGCAGAAUGCUGUUGAAGUGGCUGCGGAAGAAACAGUACCGGCGAAGAUCCGACGGUUCAGAUCACUUCCUCACGCUCGGCCGGAUCACGUGGGAUUUCCGGCGCCCGACCCGAUCCGCAAACGGGUGGGGCUCCGCCUUUCUAAACAUGCCGGCGAUGCAAAACGUGACCCGUAUAAUCAUCGAGAAGGCCACGUGGGACCCACUCGAGCUCGGUGCACCCUACCCCACCGGAUUCCACCCCAAAACCCUAACCGCCGUCGCCCAAUGGCAGGACUUCGUCCGUACCCGGACCCGCACGCGCCUCUUCACCUUCAUCGGCGCCACGCGCCCCUCCGCCAAGGAGGAUCUCCGGGGGCACCUCCGGAGCCACUGCCUGAACUACACAGAUUCGUGCUGGCUCGUCGACUGCGCCGCCGUCCGAUGCGACGGCGACUCAUCAGCGACGGUGGAGGCACUGCUAGGGUCCGACUUCUGCCUGCAGCCGGCGGGGGAUAGUUUCACGCGCAAGUCGGUUUUCGACUGCAUGUUGGCCGGUUCGGUUCCGGUUUUCUUCUGGACCGGGACGGCUUACGAUCAGUACGAGGGGUUCUUGCCGGAAAAACCAGAGAGCUUCUCUGUGUUCAUAGAUCACGGAGCAGUGUGGAAUGGGACUUCGCCGGUGAAGAAUGUCCUAAUGAAGUAUGGUAAAGAGGAGAUCUUAAGGAUGAGGGAGAAGGUGAUCGAGACAAUAAUUCCGAGGAUAAUUUAUGGUGAUCCCAUGGGAGGAUUGUUGGAUUUUAGGGACGGUUUUGAUCUUGCCCUUGAAAGGGUUUUGAAGAGGAUAGCUACUUCUUAA